GAUUUAGUGUUUAGUGUUUGUCUCAAAGUCUCUUUUUCUGUGCACGCGAGGUGUUUUGUGUUUGUUGCACACCUUCACACACACACACACACACACACCCACGUUCCUCUGGCCGAGCUCCUCCAGCCCAGCUCUCACUUAAUUACUGUCCUCUUCUCAUCGCUCUCUUUCCUCCAUCUGUGGCGUCUGACUUUUCUUUCCUCAUCCACGACCUCAGAGGCUCAUCCAGCCAGCUCCGUCUCCGGUCCCCAAAUGCCAUUCUGACUGUUUCUUUUGUUUUCCAUGUUGUUUUGCACAAAGAGUCUGUUCCUCCAUUAAAGUUCAUCCCAUGGCUUCACCGGUGUUUGUUUCUUUGUUUUGCUACCAUGCACACUGAAAAGCAGCACAACUCUUGGCAUUAGAACAUUCCACUUGAGGUGUGUUCAGGUUCGUGGCUUAUUCAGGUGAAGAGCAAACCUAUCAAACCAGGAGUGAAAGCCAGUCCCAUCAAGAGAGAGAGAGAGAGGGGGGGGUCGUCUCUGAUCAGAAACCUCGUUUUUUUGCUGCCCCCGUUUCCUCCCCCCUCCCUCUGCCUCAAAUCUUCCUCAAGCAGCUCCCUUCCCUGCAGACAGACACACACAAGCAGUCAAUGAGAAUGGACUAGAAAACGCAGCCUUUACUAUCAAACGGAUUUUUCUCCCCUCCCGCCUGGUUUUUCCUUCACAGUUUUUGGCUUCAUUCUUCUUCAAUCAGCUCUCCCUCCUUUUUUCUUUUUCCCACCCCAUCCACCUUCCCAUUUAGGUUUUAUUUUAAAGUCAUUUUCCUCAUAUUUGCUGUUUAUUAACCUUUAAAGUAUUGAAACUCACAAAAUGUGAAACGCAGACUAGUUUUAUUGAAAAAAUUGAAACUUGAAGGCUUGGAUUUGAAAGGGAUAGUUUGUUUUGCAUGUGUGUAGAGUGUUGUAGCACAGCAGAGGAAGCCACAUAAUUCACCUCCUUUUCCUUUAUAUUUCCAUUCCCCCCCUGUAAGGAGAUUAAAUGCAGCUUCUCCUCCUAUCAUGAAGAUAAUUGGAAGUGGGACUUAUGGGCCACUCUUGCUGCCAUAAACGGAUGCAGUUUUCCUGUGGAAUUACCCUUUAAAUCCUGGAUUAGAUUCCAAAAACGCAUAAUUAACAAAAACUGAUCUAAAAUCUGGACGCAUUUUGUUUGCUUUAACGGACUGAUCUCUGAAUCGUAAUGGGAUUUCACAAUCGAGGAUUAAAGACUCAAGCGACGUCUCUGUCAGUUAGCUGCCAGAACAGCUGCAGCUUCAAUUUCCCACCAAACUCACCAAAUUUUGAUAAGGUACCCAUUUAAGUCUUAAAUAGACUGCCGGGUGUCAGAAAAACAAACUUCUCCGAGCAUCUUCUGGGAGGAAGAGAAGCGAAGCUGCUCCUGUGGAGUACAAUUACCUCCAAACUGCUGCAUUAGCCUCCUGACCUGUGGAGGACUUUGACUAAAACUGCUGUUGGGCUUCUCUCAGUUUGAGGCUAUGAGAGGGAGAGAGGAGGCCCAGGCUGCACCACCAUGCUACUUCUGAGAAGCUGGGAUGAGUCUUUGGCUGGCAAAACUAAAGGUAUUACUCCCCCAUUGCAGAACCAUGCCUGUCUCAAUAUGCAGCUCCUCCCCAACUCAGGAACAGGAGCGGGCUCGUUUCACACACCCACCCAUGUCCCCAUAUCUUCACCCCCACACAAGCGCUCCCCGCUGUUUGCUCCUCAUUUUCCUGCUGCUCUGCCUUCUCCAUCUACCACCGGCCUGCCAGUCACGGAGAGAGAAGGGCGGGGGAGGCGGUGGCGGCCACUACAUCCCUAUCCCCCAGCCGCCCCCUCAUCAUAUGGCUCUGCCCAACAUCUUACGCGGCCUCAGCAUUGCUGUUGUCUUAGUGGGCAACUCCAGCGAGAUGGCGCUGGCAGGAGCCAGAGAAAAGGAGGACUUCCUUCACAUGGCGCCCAACGUGGAGCUGCUCACCAUGAAUGAGACUGACCCCAAGAGCAUCAUCAAGAGCAUCUGUGACCUCAUGACCGAGCACUGGCUGCAGGGCGUGGUGUUCGGAGAUGACACUGACCAGGAAGCUAUCGCCCAGAUCCUGGACUUCAUUUCCGCCCAAACCCAUAUCCCCAUCCUCGGAGUACGUGGGGGCUCCUCCAUGAUCAUGGCUGCUAAGGAUGACCACUCCAUGUUCUUUCAAUUCGGCCCCUCCAUCGAGCAGCAGGCCUCUGUCAUUCUCAACAUCAUGGAGGAGUACGACUGGUACAUCUUCUCCAUCGUCACAACAUACUACCCGGGGUACCAGGACUUUGUCACCAAGAUUCGGAGCACCAUUGAGAACAGCUUUGUGGGCUGGGAACUCGAGGAGGUUCUUUUGCUCGACAUGUCUGUGGACGAUGGAGAUUCAAAAAUCCAGAACCAGCUGAAGAAGCUCCAGAGCCCCGUCAUUCUGCUCUACUGCACCAAAGAGGAGGCCAAUACAAUCUUCGAGGUUGCCCACUCCGUUGGAAUCACCGGCUAUGGCUUCACCUGGAUCGUCCCCUCACUAGUAGCUGGAGACACGGAUGUGGUGCCAGCAGAGUUUCCAACAGGUCUUCUCUCUGUAUCCUAUGACGAGUGGGAUUACGGUCUGGAGGCGCGCGUUCGAGAUGGCGUGGCCAUCAUCACAAUGGCAACUUCCGCCAUGAUGAUGGACCGCGGGCCUCACACCUUGCUGAAGUCGGAGUGCCACGGAGCUCCAGAAAAGAAGACCCCCAUCUCAGGCAACCCCAACGAAGUGCUCAGGUACCUGAUGAAUGUGACGUUUGAGGGCCGUAACCUGUCGUUCAGUGAGGACGGAUACCAGAUGCACCCCAAGCUCGUCAUAAUUCUGCUCAACAAAGACAGGCAGUGGGACAGGGUAGGUAAAUGGGAGAACGGCUCCUUGUCUAUGAAGUACCAUGUGUGGCCUCGCUUUGAGUUGUAUGGGGGGGCGGCGAACAGGGAGGAUGACCACCUGUCCAUCGUGACAUUGGAGGAAGCUCCGUUCGUCAUCGUGGAAGACGUGGAUCCGCUGAGCGGCACCUGCAUGAGGAACACCGUACCCUGCCGGAAACAGAUCAAAAAAAUUAAUGAGACAAAAGAGUCUGGGAUCUACAUCAAGCGCUGCUGUAAGGGCUUCUGCAUUGACAUUCUGAAAAAAAUUGCCAAGCAGGUUAAAUUUACAUACGACCUUUACCUGGUCACCAACGGAAAACACGGCAAGAAAGUCAACGGAACCUGGAACGGCAUGGUGGGAGAGGUAGUGUUAAAAAAUGCCCACAUGGCUGUUGGGUCCUUGACCAUCAACGAGGAACGCUCCGAAGUCAUCGACUUUUCCGUCCCUUUCAUCGAGACAGGAAUUAGCGUCAUGGUUUCCCGGAGUAAUGGCACCGUUUCACCAUCAGCCUUCUUAGAGCCGUUCAGCGCUGACGUCUGGGUGAUGAUGUUUGUCAUGCUGCUGCUGGUGUCAGCUAUGGCCGUGUUUAUAUUCGAGUACUUCAGCCCUGUGGGCUACAACCGCUGCCUGGCUGACGGCAAAGAGCCUCACGGUCCAUCUUUCACCAUUGGUAAAGCGAUCUGGCUGCUGUGGGGUCUAGUCUUCAACAAUUCUGUGCCGGUCCAAAACCCCAAAGGCACCACCAGUAAAAUCAUGGUGUCGGUGUGGGCCUUCUUUGCUGUGAUUUUCCUGGCCUCCUACACUGCCAACCUGGCUGCCUUCAUGAUCCAAGAGGAGUAUGUGGACCAGGUCACUGGUUUGUCAGACAAAAAGUUCCAGAGUCCCAAUGACUUUUCACCCCCAUUUCGCUUUGGUACAGUUCCCAAUGGCAGUACGGAGAGAAACAUCAGGAACAACUAUCCAGAAAUGCAUUCCUACAUGACCAAGUUUCAUCAGAGGAAUGUGAAUGAAGCUUUGCAGAGCCUGAAGGCUGGCAAAUUAGAUGCAUUCAUUUACGAUGCAGCCGUACUGAACUACAUGGCUGGCAGGGACGAGGGCUGCAAGCUGGUGACCAUUGGCAGCGGCUACAUCUUUGCCACUACGGGAUACGGCAUCGCCAUCCAGAAGGAGUCGCUCUGGAAGAGACACGUGGACCUGGCCAUUCUGCAGCUGUUUGGAGACGGUGAGAUGGAGGAGCUGGAGUCUCUGUGGCUGACUGGGAUCUGCCACCAUGAGAAGAACGAGGUGAUGUCCAGCCAGCUGGACGUGGACAACAUGGCUGGUGUCUUCUACAUGCUGGGUGCCGCCAUGGCGCUCUCCCUCAUCACUUUUAUCUGUGAACACUGGUUCUACUGGCAGCUGCGCUUCUGCUUCAUGGGUGUUUGCUCCGGUCAGCCAGGCUUUGUCUUCACAAUCAGCAGAGGCAUCUACAGCUGCAUCCACGGAGUGCAGAUUGAGGAAAAAAGCAGUUCUGCUUUGAACUCCCCAUCAGCAACCAUGAACAACACCCAUUCCAACAUUAUGCGGCUCUUACGUACUGCCAAGAACAUGGCCUCUCUGUCUGGGGUGAACGGAUCGCCACACAGCGCUUUGGACUUCAUUCGUCGAGAAUCCUCAGUUUAUGACAUCUCUGAGCAUCGACGCAGCUUAGCUGGACAUUCUGACUGCAAACCUCCGUACUUACCAGAAGACAACAUGUUCAGUGACUACAUCAGUGAGGUGGAGAGGACAUUUGGCAACCUUCACCUCAAGGAUAGCAAUGUUUACCAGGAUCACUACCUGCACCACCAUGGCUCAACCCUGGGGCUGACUGGCCCUCCACCCAACAGGCCCCACAGUCUUGGAGGCAGUGUGAGUUCCCUGGAGGGGGGCAUGUUUGAUUGUGAUAGCCUCGGAGGAGGGGUGGCCCCCAUCUUUGCCACCCAGCCCUGCUCUGCAUUGACACACAGAAACAUGAGCAAGUUUGACCUGCUGUCCGGACAGACUCCCCCUUCAGGCCAAGGAUUCAAAGGAGGACUGCCUGACGUGUACGGGAAGUUCUCCUUCAAGGGCGGUGCUUCAAGUUCCACGUACAUCCCAGGACAUAGCUACUGUGGAGGGAGGGGAGGGGAAGAAGAUGGAAAUGUACGCUCGGAUGUUUCAGACAUUUCCACGCACACAGUAACUUACGGAAACUUGGAGGGUAAUGCCAAGAAGCGUAAACAGUACCGAGACAGUCUGAAGAAGAGGCCGGCCUCUGCAAAGUCCAGACGAGAGCUGGACGAGAUUGAGCUGGGCUACAGGAGGAAACCCUACCAUAUCAGUCACCACCACUACCACAGUCAACGCUCUGCCUCCCCACCAUUCUUGCCCCCAGAACGAAAGAGAGGAACUGGAGGAGGGGGAAACAAUGACGGGAACUCGUAUCUUUUCAGAGAAAAGGAGAGCGUUAGGGAUUUUUAUUUGGAUCAGUUUCGUCCCAAAGAGGGUGUCCCUCAGUGGGAGCAUGUGGAUUUGACUGAGGGCCCUGGGAGUCGAGAUGGAGUUGUUGGAACCUGUACCUCACUGGUGCCAGUGGAGGAUUUUCUCAAGAGUAAACCCAAAAAGACAGAUUCAAAGAGUGGUGGAGGAUCUGGGUUGGCUGGAGGAGAGUGGGAAUGCAGAAACUGUCGGGCCAGUGGGGGAGGAGGGGGAAAGCAAAUGUCCAUCCACGGAGGUGGAAAUGGCGGCUAUGGCAGUGGAAUGGGCUGCGGUUCCUCGGGAGGAGGAAACAGCCGACCAAGCUCUGCAACUUGCAUGCGCUGCGAAGGUUGUAAAAAGACAGGAAACCUCUAUGAUAUCAGUGAGGACAACAACCACCUCUUGGAACAGAUGGGGGGAGGAACGGGUGGGGGAGGAGUUGGAGGUAUGGUUGGAGGCCCUCAGUCUCAAUCUCAGGUCCAGCAGAGAAGGAAGAGUGGAGGACUUGGUAAGCAGUUGAGGCGCCAACAUUCGUACGACACAUUUGUGGACCUCCAGAAAGAGGAAUCUGGUGGGAUGGGAAGUUUGAUCGGGGGUUUGGGAGGAGGUGGAGGGAUGAGUGGACCAGGCAUGGUGGGAAUGUUGCCCCCACCUAGGAGUGUCAGUUUGAAGGAAAAGGAGCGCUACAUGGAGGGUAACAGUCCGUUUGCACACAUAUUUGAGCGACAUGGGGGCUCAGAGAGAGACAGAGACAGAGACCCACUGUUUUAUGGAGGUGACAGUCGAAAAGGUCCUGGAUCACCAUUUGGCCUUUUCAGGGGUGGUGAAGGCCCCCAUCGUCGCUCCAUUGGAGAAAGAGACAUGAGGGACAGAGACAGAUCUUUGAUGGAAGGAGGAGGUGGGGCAGGAUUCUCUCUAUCCAAAUCCCUUUACCCUGACCGGGUAAACCAAAACCCUUUUAUACCCACCUUUGGCGACGAUCAGUGUCUGAUGCAUGGAGCCAAACAAUAUUACAUGACAAAGCAACAGCAGCAGCAACAAGCUGCCAAAAACAGCCGUAGUGACUUCAGGAGCCAGUUAAGUACAACGACUUAUAUGCCGGCGCCUGCCUCAGCCGGCGUUAUGUCUAAUGUGACUCCCCGGUUCCCGAAAGAGCUCAGCCUUGGUGGAAUGAACCACCAUGGCUCCAUGCUGGGGGUUGGUCCCCCACGUCCCUUCAAUGGAAGCAAUGGCCAUGUGUAUGAGAAACUCUCCAGCAUCGAGUCUGAUGUGUAAAAAAUGAAGCGGGGAGGAGAAGGAGGAGAGCAAUACAGGCAUCAGAUGUUAGGUGUGAUUAAGACAUUGUACACACAUAGAAACCAGAAAUGAUUAAAAAAACAGUUCUCAAAAAGGGAUACAACUCUGAUGUAGAAGAAUGAAAGGUAAGAAUGUCAACAAACAACUGGGUAAAUAAAAUCAGGACAUCCUGAGGAGGUGUGGGAUGCUAUCUCUUAACUGGCCAAAGCUAUUCUGCAUCAUCAUCAAAGAACAUUCCCCUCAACCCCAUGCAUCCUCUAAACCCCAGCUCCAUCAAUUGUCCCAGCAGUAUUUGAGAAGCCACUGUCCUUUGUUGAUUUUGUAUUGAUGCAACAUCUCAUCUUCGCCACUGGCCUUGUGGUGCGUUGGCAGUCUGAGGGCUCCUGCUGGGUGCUACUGAGGAAGGAAUGAACUGUCCAUCUGCCCCUGUGUCAAAGCAGAAAGUAGACACUGUCACAUUUACCAGAUCCACGGCGCCGCCUGGAUCUGCUCCCAUCCCACCCUUCUUCCUCUCGCCCUUGCUCCUCCUCAUCAUCCUCCCUAAAGAGCUGUUUGUUACGAGAAAUACAAUCAUGGAUGAAAAUGAUAUUCUUAUAGAAAAACAGGGUAUAAGAACAACAAAAAUGUUGUGAAUAACAAAGACGUCAAUGCUGUUUAUGGUAACUCAUGAUGAUAUCACUAAGUUGUUCUUGUUUUCUGUUCUACUAAUAUGAUAUUUCAUAAAUUUCUUGCUAUCUCUAGUUGUUUCAUCUGCUCCUGGUAGCAGCAGGGUGGUCGUUCUUACUUUGACCAACAAGCCAGAAAGACUGAGUCUUCAACUCCAGUUUUUUUUCCUCUUUCUUUAAUAUUUUACAUCCCUCUUAUUUGUGUUUUUUGCCCUUUGUGGAAAGCCUGGUUUUCAAGACAUUGCAGUUUUUUUGUUGGUCUGAACUUGUGUUACUGUGAAUAACAAAGUUUUGUCAGAAGCUGCUGGGUGGAUGGACGUGCCUUACAGGUCUCCAGUGGAAAUGUCCCCCACGCGUGGCAGCACCAGGACUGACCGGCACACUUUCAGGCUGCUUGUGUUUUCAUCACAUAUGAGCCAAAACCGCAGCAGGCAUCGACAGCAGACUGCUGCUGCCGGUUUCAAUAAAUAAUGUAAGGUCUUUUAUGCCUUUGUUUAAGAAAACGUUUGGUUUGGGAAGUGUGUUAUGAACCUGUAGAAUUCAGGAUGUCCCAGUGUUCCUGAUAGACUGGCGUGUCUCGCUUCACAACAGCCUUUCGGCCACUUCUUUUAUUCAGGUUACAUAACACUCACCAGACUCUUACUUUUUCAGCCUCUGACUAUUGUGUUCUGUGAAAGGCGUUACUUUGAAACGGUCUUAGAUGCUCAUGCAGAAGGCUUUGCUUGAACAAUGUGCGUUGAUUCAUCACAAUGUAAACCUGUGAAUAAGUCACAUCCUUAUUCAAAACGAGUUGUGGGUGUAAAGAUGGUUUCAUCGAGCUGCAUCAGUUUCUAACUCAUUGUGUCCAGCAGAGUUCACCUCUUUAAGUCCCUUAUGGUUGCACCACUGUGGUUGUACUUUGGAGCAGCUGACCUUUUUUCCUUUGUUACUGCAGCUGUUUGACUCUCCAUUUUGUGUACUUUCUUUUAAUGGCUAUUUACAACAAAGUUAGUCUCAAAAUGCUUCCCAAAAUAGCAAGAAAAACAACAAACCAAGAAAAAAAUAUGUAAUAUAAUUCUCCAAAUUAGCCAAGCUAGCUACAGUCCAACUGGGUUCAGACCUUUCCUGUAAAAUAGUAUCAACUUUAAUUCAUAAAGUCUAUAGUGACCAACAGAUUACAUGGAGGCAUAUUUUCUCCACACUAAAAGAUGAAAUCUUGUGACCACAGAGAAAAACUUUUAAAAGCAAGAACAGAAAGAAUACUUAUUCUGUUUGGCUGACCAUCUGCUGCAACCAGAUGAGGUCUGAGAAGACCAGGAGGAGAUAAAAAAAACCUGGAACAUCCAAAUAAAAGUCAAAUGAGAGACGAGUUAGCAACUGCAAUAAUCAUGUACUACUGCACAUUCAUGGAUGGGAAAUAAAAUCCUCAUUACUUUACAGAUAGCAGCAAAAGUUUUUGCUAUAUUUUUUUGAAUGUUCAGGUUAAAUGCUGAAUAUAUAACCAUCAUAUUGUGUAGUGACUGUAAUAUUUUUGCAUUUCUGUACAUGUUUUAAUAUAUAUCCUCUUUUAGGGUCAAAACACCUGGCCUCCUUUCCGUCAGUUGUACAAAAAAGCAGUAAACACAAAUGAAUGCAACAAGUACACAGGCAUUUAAUAUUAGAUAUUGAACAGUUACAUGUUGUGAGAAAAUAAGAAAUGUAACUCUAAAAAGCAAGGACAUUUUGUGUUUUUUUUUUCUUUUUUUGGGGAGGGGUUAUGUCCCUUUAAACAUUUCAUGAACAGUUUAAAAGUGAAGUUUCUGCUUUUUCUCCUGCUUGUCAAUAAAGAACUUUGUUUUUACAUUACUUAAUAUAUGCCGAAAAUUUCCCAGUUUAAGCUUCCAUUAGCAGCCUAAAACACAGGAUUUAGGCUCUACUGUUCAGCUGACAAACACAUAUAUACAUAUGGUACAAUUCAGCGGGCAGAAUUAUUUCCUCAACACUGUAAAGACAAUUCUGUUCAUUUUAAACAAUUUUUACCCUAUUUUAUACAAAAAAGUAGGUCAGGACAGGUCAAGCAGAGCAUUUUUGUUAUUCUUCAUAAAUAUGAAGAUUAUUUUAGUGUAGUUAGCUCAAACCAUUUGAUUAAACCCAUAACAAACUAACUUUGAGAAUUUAGCAAACUUGUCUCCAAAUGGAAAAAGUUAAAGAGCAUCUGGACCAUGGUGGAAUUACAGGAUGUAAAGAAACUCAAGCUUGGGGUUGUACCUCAAACUGAGCCACAAACUAUGAAUGCAACAAGAAAAUUAGUUGAUAAGAAAGCCUAAUAUGUUUGUGAGAGAGUGAGAGAGCUUCAGAACACAAUUUCUUUUCCUGAAACCGGUGCAACCUUGAUAGGCUGUCUUAAACGUAUUUUAACAGCUCCUAAUUUAGUUUCUGUGAGAAAGACGAUACAAGAACGACAUUUUGAAGAGCUGCAGAAAUGUGAAACAAAGUUGUGAGAAAUAAAAUCUUAAAUGAGAAUCUGAAAAUAAGUGUUUUACGUCAUCACCUAACUAGUCAUUGAUGGACCUUCCAAGUCUGUUUUAUUCCAAAUUCCCACAACAUUCCUUUUCUACAGCUGCAAUCUAAAUCCGAGUCAAACUUGUCUCUAAUUUGCAUGAUUAUUUAUCAAGUCUGAGUUUUUCCAACUAGUCUUCAGCUGUUCCUUCCCAGUGGUACACAACCGUUACAGUGCCCUCUGCUGGACACAUGUUGCAUAACCCUAACAGUACAGUUUGUGAGUGUUGCAUAUUUUUAUGGAGAAAAAAUAAAGAUGCAUCUUAUUUACAGGUUUGGUGAGUAGAAAAAUGCUUGAAAAAACUGAAACUGAGAAGAAACACUGUCCCGGGAAAACCAUGAGGAUGAGAAUUUGAGCUGUGGAGGCCUCGCUCCUUAAGGAGACGGUUUUUGUCUGAUUUUUAGGUGAAGAGGCCUCAUUUAUUGCACAGAAAUUUUUACUUAGUGUACAGUUGACAUGCCUUAUCAUUCCCAUUAUUCUCUUCUCCAAUGCUGUCUGAUAAUGACUUGUCAUGCUUGAAACAAGGAGAUCUCCAUCCGUUUUUUGAUCUUCGAUUAGUUGGGGUCAGAAGGUAAAGGGCUGUGAGAUGUUAGCUGGAGGAGGAAAUGUGAUCGUGGACAUCGAUGACCCUGAUUUUUAGCCUCCGUCUCCACACAUCUAUAAUAGCUGUCUCUGUGAAAUUGUUAGUGCUGCUUCUUCCCACUAACUCUGCUAGCUGAGUGAAAAAAACUCAGCGUUCACGAUAAAGCAGGACUGAUCGAGUUGGCCUUAAAUAAGACUCAUCCAGCCUCUCACUAUCCCCCAUGACUUUCCUAAUAAACAGAUCGGGAUCUCUGGAAUUUUUAUACGCACACACCUUUGAAAGUUCAGGUCAACCAUUAUCAGCAAGACAGUGCCGGAAGGAGGCGGAGGUACAGAGGAGAAGAGCGUGGAGCGAGCGUCAAUCAGCAUCAGUGUGUUCAGUCUCUCCCUUGUAAAUAUUCUGUUUGAAAAACCAUCUCACUCUGUACAGUAAAGAGACAGACAGGAUGUAACUUUCACUAUGUUUUACAGCUGUUUAAGAAAUAAGCAAAACCACAAUAAAAACGUGUAAAAACUAGAAAAUGCACCAACAAAAAUAUGCAAAAUGUAGUUAACACGCAAAUAUUACUAGACAUAAGUGAUAUAAUUGAACCUCUUUUUCUUUGAAUCUCAUGUUAAUUCUGAUAGUUUACCGAUUAUGUUAAGAAUAAUGCUUUUUUCUUCUUUUCACUGUUAAAAUUUGAGGAUAAUUUACUGUAGGUGUAGACGUUUGGUGAUUUAAGGGGAAAGGUUUAGUUUUAGCAGUCUUUGUUAAGUUGAAUUGUGUUAGAAUCUCUCUUUUUAAGGUAAGCUACUCUUAAUGCUUUUUGAGAUCAAUUAUCUACACAUUUAUGUAAUACAAUAUUACACUUAUACAGAGGUAUUUGCAUAUAGAGGCAGUAUAUUGUGAUCCUUUUUUCUUCUUUUUUUCGGCGGCGGUUGCUUUCGCUGCCCGGUUUUUGAUCUGGUCUCUUUAACGGUGAUUGCGCACAGAAUUUAGAGCCAUUGUCGGCCUGGCCUGUCCUGUUCCCUCUCUGUGUUUGGGAGUGACAUCACUGUGGUAAAGGAAUUUAGAAAAAUAUAUGUAUAUAAAAAAUGCAUUCAUGAAACUCACAUGUGCAUACACUGGAUGUUUGCCAGUGUCGAUUUUGCUGAGAAAUCCAGCACAAUAGCACAGAGAAGCCAAGCUGAAAUGCAUUUGUGCAACCCCUUAUUAAAGAUAAGCAGUUGUGUCUCAUCUUAUGUGGUUUUGCUCCAAAAGAAUCAGCUGGAGUUGCUUUAUUUGAAUCCAUCUAUUACUAAACUGUGUUCCUUGACAGCUGAACGCCCUUAAAUGUGUUGCUUUCUUGUUUAUUUUGCUUAGCCGUGCGUCUCUCCAUAUGAGGCUGCAAAUAUUAUCUGUAAUUUGCUGUGUGCAUAGGCAAUUUUGUCACCAUGCAUCCAGAAGUUAUUUCCUCUCUCUCAUUUUGUGUGCUACUAAUUCCAAUAAGUCGCUGUAAUCUUCUCCUGUGCCCUGAGAGAAGAAACUCUGUUUUUCUCCUCUGCUGCUUUCACGUCCACAGUGGUGAUUGAAAAGUGAAAAAAUGCACCCUUGUGCACAUAAACCCUAUUAGGUUUCCAUAUUUUUCUCACUGGCUGACCGAAAUUAUUUCCUGUCGUUUGCAAUAAAUGUCGCCACCAAAACUGAAAAUGCUCAGAUUGGCACGCCGAAUGUGCCGAUAAAUCAGUUCCUGUUUUUAAAGAGCUAAAACCUUCCCUAUCAGAUGUUCAGCACCUGCAACCAGCACGCAGAGAAAGCAGGGCUUGUCCAGACUCUCCAGUUCCCUUUAGGCCAGACUGGUUCCAGUUUCAUCAUGCGGGGCAAAACUUUCUGUUACAGCUCCAGAAAUUGACUCAUUGAGCCAGAACAUCCUGAUCCUGGAGGGGCUUAAAUCUAUCACAUCAGCUGAGGUUUGUGUUUUUUUUUCUGUCAGGGAAACUGACGCUCGGGACCAACUACCAUCACGCUGCAGGGAUGGACAUACCAGUGAAUCUGACAAGUGAAAACGUGUGAGAAAAAAGCUGGACUUGACUUUAAAACAUGGAAUUUUUUAUGAAUGAGUCACUGGUGUGAGUCCUUCUACAAACUGGAAGAACUAAACUGUUCCUUUCCUAGUCUGUCAUUACAAAACCUGUUUACUGGUAUUAUUUAUUGAUUUACUAGACAAUAAUGCACAAAAAUGUGUUUGUUCAUAUUCCUUGUUUUCAUUCUUCUCAGACCUAAUAUCAAUUAAGUCAAAAUCACAUAAGGGGUUGCUACUAAAUGUAUUUCACACAUUUAUGAAAGAACCGACUGUCACUGAAACAACAUAAUAAUUACGAAUAACUGUGGGUGACAAAAUUGUACCUUAUAAAUAGCAUCACUUGUAUACAUAAUACUAUACAGAAAUAUUAUUCUUGGCCGUUCUUUUCUCUUUUUGUGGCCCGUUUUUCUUUUGAAAUAAUACCAAAACUUUUACACCAUACAAACAGAAAACCACACAAAAAAAGUUGUACAGGCUGUGUAAAUACUGGACACCAGGGAACACUCCCCUUCACCUUUUUUGUAUGGAAAACGAACAAAGUAAUAUCAAUAACAAAUGGAACCAUUUCAUGACAAAAUGGCAAAAAAGGAAAAAAAAAACCACAUCAUUAAGGUACUUCUAAUAAGGAUAAUAUCUACAAUUAUAAGUGCUGAAAUAAGCCAAUUCUUUCUCUUUGUACAUGAUAAACAACUGGAGUGUUGAGUAUUAUUAAUAAAAGACUAUAAGUUUCACACCUA